AUGAAGGCUUUAGGACCUCUUCAUUAUUUCUUGAGCAUUGAGGUUGUUAGAAGUUAUGAUACUAAGUCCUUAUUACUUACUCAAAAGAAGUAUUUUCUUGAGCUUUUGGUUAAGUCUGAUAUGUAUCUUACAAUGAAAAGACCUGACAUUGCAUUUGCAGUCUCUUAUGCGUCACAAUUUAUGCAUCAACCUGCAACUACUCAUUUGCAGUUAGUUAAGAGGAUUUUAAGGUUUCUUAAAGGCAGUUUCGGAUAUGGAAUUGUUCUUGGUUCUUCAAAUAUUUCUACAGUUACAGCUUAUUCAGAUUCUGGUUGGGCUGGUUGCCCUGAUUCAAGAAGAAGUACCUCUGGUUAUGAUGUUUUCUUGGGCUCAUCACUUAUUUCUUGGACUUCAAAGAAGCAACCCGUAGUUUCAAGGUAUUUUGGUGGCUGUAUUUCAUCUCUUAUGGAUACUGACUAUAGUCCUUUUGGAAUCCCGGUAGAGGAAUUUCCUUUUGGAAUGAUGUAUGGUGUGGUCAACUUCCUCUAG